UCUUUUUACACACAUAUAUUACGCGACACUACCCCUCUCCUCUUUCGUUUCUUUCCCCUUCUCCGCUCCUCCUCCCCCUCGCGAGCUCGGCGGCGGGCGGCGGCGGCGGCGCGAUGAAGGUCUCCAUCAAAACGCUCAAGGGCUCCAGCUUCGAGAUCGACGUCGAGCCCACCAGCAAGGUCAGUGAUGUUAAAAAGCUCAUCGAGGUUACGCAAGGAGAUAAUGUCUACCCCGCUGAUCAGCAAAUGCUGAUCCAUCAAGGGAAUGUCCUUAAAAACGACACAACACUUGAAGAGAACAAAGUUGUUGAGAACAACUUCAUUGUGAUAAUGUUAUCUAAGAAGGGAUCAUCAAGUGCUGCUUCAAGUACAGCUAAGGAGCCCACAAAACAGCCCUCAGUUGACCGGGCGAUACCCACUGCGCCUGCAACCCAACCACCUGCUCCACCAGCACCUGUUAGCGAGCCUGUGACUGCACCAGUUCCAACUGCAACAACUGCUUCAGCUCCAGCAGCUGCUGUCACCGCUGCAUCCACCGAAGCAGAUAAUUAUGGUCAAGCUGCGUCGAACCUUGUUGCUGGAAGCAAUUUAGAAGGGACUGUUCAGUCAAUUCUUGAAAUGGGUGGAGGAGCUUGGGACCGUGACACUGUUAUGCGUGCUCUGCGAGCUGCAUACAACAAUCCAGAACGGGCUGUGGAGUAUUUGUACACCGGGGUUCCUGAGCAAGCUGAGGCCCCUGCUGCAGUUCAAGCACUUCCUGUCCCUGCUGCAGUUCAAGCACUUCCUGUCCCUGCUGCAGUUCAACCAGUUGACCCAAGCCAGGCUCCCCAAUCAGCUCAACUUUCAAUUCCAUCAUCUGGACCCAAUGCCAAUCCAUUGGACCUGUUUCCUCAGGUCCUUCCAAAUGCUUCUGCAAAUGCUGGUGGUGGAAAUCUUGAUGUUCUGCGAAACAAUUCACAGUUCCGUGGCUUGCUUUCUUUGGUGCAGGCUAACCCUCAAAUUCUGCAGCCUUUGCUUCAAGAGUUGGGGAAACAAAAUCCACAGAUUUUGCAACUGAUUCAGGAAAACCAGGCUGAGUUCCUGCGCUUAAUCAACGAACCUGCAGAGGGAGCUGAAGGGAACUUGCUAGACCAGUUUGCUGCGGGAAUGCCUCAAACAGUGGCUGUCACACCUGAGGAGAACGAAGCCAUACAACGUCUGGAACAAAUGGGGUUUGAUCGCGAUCUGGUCCUGGAGGUAUUCUUCGCGUGCAACAAGGAUGAGCUGUUGGCCGCAAACUAUCUCUUGGACCACAUGAACGAGUUCGACGACGACGCCCCUGAACCACCGCAAUAAGAUGACUGACCCGUUUUUAAUGAUACAUGCCAGUCACACAAGAGACAUUGGGUUGCAAACAGUGGUCACCAAGACUGGUGAUUAUCCCCGUUUUAGAACAUCCAAAUCCACCCAUCCAUCCAGGCGUGAGAAAAAUGUUUUUGAGCUUCUCUCAUCAUCAUUCUUUUUUCUGCUUUGGGAUUUUUAUGAUGAUUAGUACAUACUCUAGAUGACAUUUACAGACUACAUAUAACCAAAUGUUUCAAGUCUUCAGUGUCGGUUAACUGCAUUGAGGGAGAAUGAGUUGAAGUUAGAGAAA